AUAAAAAGUGGUUUGAAAUUAGGAUCAAUUUCCAACAAAAAAUGUCGUCUUCAUCCAUCAUCAAAUCCCCCCUUCAUUCUCUCUCCUUCUCCCCUCUUCUUCAUUCCAAAAACUCCAUUUUUAACAAACAUAAUCUUCCUUUAAAUCAACCCAUGUCGUUGGCUAAACGAGGUUUCUCCGUAAGUAACGCCUCACCAAAUGGGUCGAACGUUUCUUCUUCUAUUCAGGGAUCAGAAUCAUUUUUCAGAAAUGUGUUGCAAAAUAUGGAGACUGUCUACUUGAAUAGGAACCCGACUGCGAAACGGGUCUUGGAUCUUGUUCAUUCAGCUGGAAAUGAUAGAAUUUGUUAUGAUCAUUUCGCCUUUCGGACUUUUGGGGUAAAUAAUCACGGCAUUGAUUCAAUGGCCGCAAUGUUUCUUGAUUUUGGAUACAUCCAGAAGGAUGAGCUGAGGUUCCCUGCAAAGAAAUUGAAAGCGUAUUGGUUCUCGCCUCCUGCUGUGUCCUUUGAAGAAGGCAGUGGGGUUAAUGGACCUUUACCCAGAGUGUUUAUUUCCGAGCUUCUUGUAGACCAGAUGACUUCAGAAGCUCAGGAAAUAAUCAGAAAGUACACUGGAAUGUCAGGAAAUGGGAGCAAAUAUGCAGCUCUUGCUAGUGCACAGGGGGCAUUGACAUGGGAGAAACCCUUGCAUUCUGAAUUUCAACAAUUAGCUAGAGAAAGUGAAUAUGCUGCAUGGACACUAGUUAAUGGAUAUGCCUUGAAUCAUGUCACUAUUUCUACCCACCAACUGAACUCUCACUUGAAAAACAUCAACCGACUGAAUCAGUUCAUUGAGGACAAUGGAUUCAAGCUGAAUUCAGAUGGAGGGAUUUUAAAAGUUAGUCCCGAUGGUUUCCUGCUGCAAAGUUCGACUGUAGCAGAUUCAGUACCAUUCGAAUUCUCUGAUGGUAUGACAAAAUCUGUUCCAUGUUCAUACAUAGAGUUUGCUGAAAGGCUCGUGCUUCCUCAGUACAAAGAUUUACCUGAUGAAGAGGUAAAGGAGUUCCAUCGACGUGAGGGGUUUGAAGUAGGGAAUGCUGAUAAGAUAUUCGAGAGCACAUCCAUGGAACAACUAACGCGUAGAGCUACUUAAAAGUAUGACUUAAGGGCACAUUUGGGGAACAGGAACAUAAUCCUUAGCUGAGAAAGGUAGAAUUUGUGUUAAGUAGACCUUUCUCAUGUAAUUAAUUACCUUGAGUAAGUUAAAACAUCCCAUACAUUUCUUUCUGGUGGUUGAAUCCAUCCAACUUAUUUACUAUGGAAUUACAAACAGAUUUAGCAGGACUUUGGCACUUUGCAAUGCAAUCUUAAAUUUCUUCCAUGAA